AUGGGGGAGGAGGAGGAAGAAGUUGACGUUAAGAUUGAGGGUGCAGAGCUGGGUCACGAAGAAGUCAAAGUUGAGCAAGACGACGACGCAGGUGACAGUCCUAUCGGGAUUGAUGGCGACUACGAGGUCAAAGUUGAGCUGGAUGGUGACGACGACAGUGCAGAGGAUGGCGACGAGGUCAAAAGUGAGCAGGGCGAUGACGAAGACGACGCCAGUGACCUUGACGACGACCCGAGUGACGAGAGCGAGUUCUUCUUCGACUAUGGCGACUCCUACUCCACGGGAAUGAAGGACCCCUUGCAACAAAGUGACACGGACGACGAGGAGUCUGCAUUUUGCAUAACUCCACACGCCUUAAAGAAAAGAAAAAUUGGCGUGGAAAUUACGCCCGGACGAGG